AAGCGGAUGAGUAUCGAAUGAAAUGGAUACUCUGAGAUAGAACGAGAAAAAGCAAAUUUGAUUAAUGCUACUUCUAUUAGUUUGGAACAAUUGGAAAAGUCUAAAAACGAAACCCUUUAUUUUGAAAAACAAAGGGCAAUGAAUCAGGUCCGACAGCGGGUUUUCCAACAGGCCGUACAAGGAGCUCUAAGAACUCUGAAUAGUUGUUUGAAUACCGAGUUACAUUUCCGUACGAUUCGUGCUAAUAUUGGCAUUCUCGGGUCCCUGGAAUGGAAGAAAUAAUUAAAUUAAUUAGGCCUUGAACUUCUACUUUCGUUUAGAAUUUAGGCAUUAUUUUUCCCCUUGCUUCCGAAAAAAGAGUCAAGAAACACUAAUGGCAACCCUUCGAGUCGACGAAAUUCAUAAAAUUCUCCGCGAACGUAUUGAACAAUAUAAUAGGAAAGUAGGGAUUGAGAAUAUAGGUCGCGUAGUUCAAGUGGGGGAUGGGAUUGCUCGUAUUAUAGGUCUUGGUGAAAUAAUGUCAGGUGAAUUAGUCGAAUUUGCAGAAGGUACUAGGGGUAUUGCUCUGAAUUUGGAAUCCAAAAAUGUUGGGAUUGUAUUAAUGGGCGAUGGGUUGAUGAUACAAGAGGGAAGUUUUGUAAAAGCAACAGGAAGAAUUGCUCAGAUACCCGUGAGUGAGGCUUACUUGGGUCGUGUUGUAAAUGCUCUGGCUAAACCUAUUGAUGGGAAAGGCGAAAUUAUAGCUUCCGAAUCUCGCUUAAUUGAAUCUCCUGCUCCAAGUAUAAUUUCCAGGCGUUCCGUAUACGAACCUCUUCAAACAGGGCUUAUUGCUAUCGAUUCGAUGAUCCCUAUAGGGCGCGGUCAGCGAGAGUUAAUUAUUGGGGACAGACAGACUGGCAAAACAGCAGUAGCCACAGAUACAAUUCUCAAUCAAAAAGGGCAAGGUGUAAUAUGUGUUUAUGUAGCUAUCGGUCAAAGAGCAUCCUCCGUAGCUCAAGUAGUAACUACUUUCCAUGAGGAGGGGGCCAUGGAAUACACUAUUGUAGUAGCUGAAAUGGCGGAUUCACCUGCUACAUUACAAUACCUCGCUCCUUAUACGGGAGCAGCCCUGGCUGAGUAUUUUAUGUACCGCGAACGGCAUACUUUAAUAAUUUAUGAUGAUCUCUCCAAACAGGCACAAGCUUAUCGCCAAAUGUCCCUUCUAUUAAGAAGACCUCCCGGACGUGAGGCUUAUCCAGGGGAUGUUUUUUAUUUGCAUUCACGCCUUUUAGAAAGAGCCGCUAAAUUAAAUUCUCUUUUAGGCGAAGGAAGUAUGACCGCUUUACCAAUAGUUGAGACUCAAUCUGGAGACGUUUCCGCCUAUAUUCCUACUAAUGUUAUCUCCAUUACAGAUAGACAAAUAUUCUUAUCUGCGGAUCUAUUCAAUGCCGGAAUUCGACCCGCUAUUAAUGUGGGUAUUUCUGUUUCCAGAGUAGGAUCCGCGGCUCAAAUUAAAUCCAUGAAACAAGUAGUUGGCAAAUCAAAAUUGGAACUAGCGCAAUUCGCAGAGUUACAAGCCUUUGCACAAUUCGCCUCUGCUCUCGAUAAAACAAGUCAGAAUCAAUUGGCAAGGGGUCGACGAUUAAGGAAAUUGCUUAAACAAUCCCAGGCAAAUCCUCUCCCAGUGGAAGAGCAGAUAGCUACUAUUUAUACCGGAACAAGAGGAUAUCUUUAUUCGUUAGAAAUUGAACAGGUAAAUAAAUUUCUGGAUGAGUUAUGUAAACAUCUAAAAGAUACUAAACCUCAAUUCCAAGAAAUUAUAUCUUCUAGCAAGACAUUCACCGAGCAAGCGGAAAUCCUUUUGAAGGAAGGUAUUCAGGAACAGCUGGAAUGGUUUUCUCUUCAGUAACAAGUAAAUUUUGCA